AUGGAGCCAGAUGGGACCCUCUACACUUGGUGGGUGGGUCGUGGCAGUGAGAAGCAUUUCUACUGGGGGGGCUCCACACCUGGAGUCCAGAAAUGUGCCUGUGGCAUCAACAGGAACUGCACUGACCAAAAGUACGAUUUCAACUAUGAACUUAAAGGUCAUGACACAGUCUCAGCUGUAGCAGAAAGGACAGAGAGGCAGAGAGAGCUCGAGGUGAGUCGACAAAACAUCCAGCAGAGAAUCCAGGACAGAGAGAAAGAUGUGAAACUGCUUCAACAGGAGGUGGAGGCUAUCAGUGGCUCCGCUGAUAAAACAGUGGGGAACAGUGAGAAGAUCUUCACUGAGCUGAUCCGUCUCAUGGAGAAAAGACGCUCUGAUGUGAAGCAGCAGGUCAGAUCCCAGCAGCAAACUGAAGUGAGUCGAGUCAGAGAGCUUCAGCAGAAGCUGGAGCAGGAGAUUACUGAGCUGAAGAGGAAAGAUGCUGAGAUGAAUAAGCUGUCACACACACAGGAUCACAACCAGUUUCUACACAACUACCCCUCACUGUCACCACUCAGUGAAUUUACACACUCAUCCAGCAUCACGAUCCGUCCUCUGAGGUUCUUUGAGGAUGUGACAGCGGCUGUGUCAGAAGUCAGAGAUAAACUACAGGACGUCCUGAGAGAGAAGGGGACUAACAUCUCACAGACAGUGACUGAAGUGGAUGUUUUACUGUCAGAACCAGAGUACAUGACCAGAGCUGAGUUCUUAAAAUAUUCAUGUGACAUCACACUGGAUCCAAACACAGCAUACACACGGUUGAUAUUAUCUGAUGAGAACAGAAAAGUAACAGUAAUGAGUGAAAAACAGUCUUAUUCUAGUCACCCAGACAGAUUCACUUAUUGGUUUCAGGUCCUGAGUAAAGAAAGUCUGACUGGACGUUGUUACUGGGAGGUGGAGUUGAGAGGAGAAGUUUCUGUAGCAGUCACAUACAAGAAUAUCAGCAGAGCAGGGAGCUCUGAUGAAUGUUUGUUUGGAUGUAAUGACAAAUCUUGGAUGUUAGAUUGUUACAGCAACAGUUAUGAUUUUUGUUACAACAAUGUUAGCACUCCUGUCUCAGGUCCUUGGUCCUCCAGAGUAGGAGUGUACCUGGAUCACAGAGCAGGUAUUCUGUCCUUCUACAGCAUCUCUGAAACCAUGACUCUCCUCCACAGAGUCCAGACCACAUUCACUCAGCCUCUACAUGCUGGACUGGGGUUUAACUGGUCUCCUGGAGACUGUGCUGAGUUGUGAAAACUGAAAUAGACACAAGUCAUUAAUGAGACAGAUGUUUAACUUGUUGUGUUUUAAAUCUU